AUGGAAGAUGCUCCAUAUGAUUACAAAAUCUUGACAAGACCUCGCGCAAGUCCUAAAAAUAGAGAUUGUUCUUACUAUGCUGACCAGGAAUCUAAAGCUGCGGAAGGUAGAUCCAUUUUUGAAGAUGCACUGCAAGCGUAUGAAGAGAUAAAAAAUCGGGAAAAUAGUCCUGAAGAUUGGAGGUAUGAUGAAGAAACUGGUUAUUAUUAUUGUGAAUCAACAAAAAUGUAUGCUUUCUGGGACACACACAUACAAGAUUGGAGAUAUUUUAAUAAUAAAUUAGGGAACUAUCAAGGUGAGAACGGCAAAUUUAACGAAACGAAUAAAGAAGAAGAUCCUUCAAAUUCAGAUAAAGAAUCUGAGGAUUCAACAGAAAGUACACGCGAGGAAGGCCAAUUAUCAGAUUCUGAAGCAUGCGGGACAGCUUCUUCCUCAUAUGAGAAUGAUACCAAUGGACAAGAUCAACAUAAGGACGUAACAGAAAAGCAAACACAUAUAUAUCCUAUACCAUUAGGAUAUAAUGCAACAUUAGAAGAGAGAUAUUAUUUUAAUCCCGAGAACAAUGUUUGGUUUGACGUGUAUUCUGGAGUUUAUUCCGUAUAUGAUGAAAUUACCCAAACUUAUACGCCAAUUGAUCCAACGUCAUUAAUAUAUUCAUCAACUCCUGAUGAUGCUGCAAUGGAACAAGGAGAACCUGGUAGCGAUGCAACCCUUAGAUUGGUUGUAAUUGAAUCCGGAAUUCUUAAA